UCAUCGUAGUAUCAAACAGUUUCAUAAAUACGUUGUAAUCCUAGACUGGUCGCCCUUUGCUGUCAGUUGUAGAUUUAAUUACAUUUGUAUACUACCUACAUUAAACAAAUUUACAAUGAUUUCAACACAGAUUUUUAUAUCAGCGAUUGUGUUGUUAUCUGUAGUUCAAUACAUCACAUGUUUGGACAAAACUGGCACAACUGUUGGUGCUACCAAACCUAAUAAGGACGCUUAUAUUGACAUCAAUAAAUCAGAAUCUCCAUCGUACAUCACUUCUUUGGACAAAACUGGCACAACUGUUGGUGCUUCCACUGCUACCAAACCUGAUAAGGACGCGUAUAUUGGCAUUAAUAAAUCAGAAUCUCCAUCGGAAGAAGAGGCAAUGAUGAAUGAAGAAAUUCCAGAAAAAAAGUCAAUGGCAUCCCGUUUUUGUAAUUUAAUCACAAAGCCCAUUAGUGUAUUUUGGGAGCCUAUACAAGGGGCAUUGUCGAGUUCACUGAAAACCGCUGUGAAACUCUUUUAAUCCACAGAUAACAUCCAAGCCAUUUCAAAAUGGAACAGCAGCUUGCUGCUAAUAAAUAGCAGUUUUACAUAAUAUUUAUAAUAGUAAUACCUUUUAUCAUGUUGUAGUGAUUAAUAAACUAUUUGUUAUU